AUGUCUUCUCCCAGCCAUGAUAGACGUGCGUCUGUUGCCGAUACCGAAUAUGCCAUUCCCGACGCCCCUCGAGCGGCAACUAAACUACCUGAUCAACAAAUCUGGGAUAAUGCUAGAUUUGCGUUACGCAUCAUAUCGACUACACUCGCUCUUCCUUUCCUAGGAAUAGCCCUCGCUGGCUUUGCAGCACCUAGGGGAUUCAGCGGCUACCCAGUCCUAUCCACUCCACUGGCUAUCGCAAUACUCGCGUACGACUUUGCCGAGUAUGUCGUGAUGUGUGUCCGGACGAGAAAGACAGGUAUCCGCCCACAAAUCUCUCUUGGAUUCGAACUCGUCCUCUCGAUUGGAGGUAUCGCACUAUCAGCCAUCCUCAUCAACUUCGCAUUCGACUCAUAUUCGUGGCACGACUAUUACGAUGGAAGAGAAGGGACUCCCGUCCCUGGAUACGUCGCCAAUGGCAGUCUAUGGCUCGGCAUGAAUAUCAUUGCCAGUGUUCUUGGCAUGGUCGCCUCAUUGGUUCACUUUGUCUUAUUCGUUCGCGAUUGCGUGGAAGUUCAUCAUUAUAGGAAGAGCAGUUCUGUAGUGAAAGAGCAGGAAGUGGUACCCCCAGUCAACUCAGGUUUCGAACUCGACGGCAUCGAAGAGAAGGCGCCACCUAACACUCUGUCCCAGUGUACAUACGACACGGAAAUCAAAGCGAGCGACUCACACUACGGAACAUUACUGGAUAUAACCUCCAUGUAUUUAAUCAGCAAACUUCCUGGGGACUCGCAUACGUUUAAUAUUUGUUUUGGUAAUGGAAUUUAA